CCAUGUCACGUGAAGCACUGUAGUCGGUCGGCCUUGGCCUUUAUAAAAGCCUUGCGACCUCUUGAUGUGAAGAUGCGGGAAAAAGAAGAAGAAGAGAGAAGAGGAAAUUGUCAAGCGACAAUGAAGCCUUCCAUUCUCGCUUUUGUUCUUCUGAUCAUCGCCAUCUGCAGUGGAGUCGUUGCCGCCGCCGCCAGAUCUCCCGCCGAGUUCGUGCGGGAGUCCUGUAUGGUCACGCAGUACCCCGCGCUGUGCGAGCAGUGCCUGGUGGCGUACGCGCAAGCGGUCCACCUGAGCAAGCACGAGCUGGCCCGGGCGGCCCUGUCGGUCAGCGCCGACCGGGCCGGGUCCGCCUCCGCCUUCGUGAGACGGAUGUCGGCCGGGGGCGGGAAGAGCCUCCGGUCGCGGGAGGCCGGCGCGGUGCGGGACUGCAUCGGGAUCAUGCAGGACAGCGAGGACCGGCUGAGGCGGUCGGUCAGGGAGAUGAGGCGGAUGGGGCGGCCGCGGAGCCCCCGGUUCGCCUGGCACCUCAGCAACGUCCGGACCUGGGUCAGCGCCUCGCUCACCGACGAGACGACGUGCCUCGACGGUCUCUCCCAGUACGCCAGCCCGGCCGUGCGGGCAGCCAUCAGGAAGAAGGUGCUCGAGGUAUCCCAGGUCACGAGCAACGCCUUGGCCCUCGUGAACCAACUCAGCCCUAGGAACUGAACCCGGUUCAUCUUCUCCUCCUCUUGAAGUCACAUAGGAGUCCGUCGUCGUCGUCUUCCCCCAGUCGCAUGUUGUCCAUAGAAUCUAUGUAUACCCAUAACGCAGUGUACGUUGAUGACUACAAUAUAUGUGUGUGAAGCAAAGAGUACUGUCCUGUAAAGCAUGUAGUUAAGUGUUUCAUGGAUGUAUACUGCUAAUGGAAGCUUUGGUGCGGUGAUGGCAGUCA